AUGUUAGGCCGGACUGCCUUGACAGCUCAGAUCCUGUGCCUGAUUUCUUUGGAUCCGAUUUCGUUGGAUCCGAUUGCUCUCUUCGUUCAUCUGUCCGAUGCCUGCAACGACCGCAAACUUGGAUCGACGCAGACGAUACACAGUGUUGGCCUCAAUCCAAAGCAUUUUUGUCUUGUGUACCUGAAGCGCAGCUGGCAACGAGGAUCAGCAACCCUGAUCAAAAGACAUCAUAACCGCUGA